AUGUACUACGAUCGUAACGAUCAGUAUAACCCAACGCACAUGAACACGACUGACCGCUCGAAAACAGUGGAUAAUCUGGCCAUGAACACAGACUACAUCUUCCAAUCGAGGGCCUACACGAAGAAAGGUUACGGACCCUGGAGCAACAAGUUGCCCUUUAGGACUUUUGGACAAUUUGUCUUGGAAGCUCCGAGGAACUUACGACUUGACGUGUCGGAAUCGAACAUCAGGUUGUUCUGGGACACACCAUCCACUCCUUCACCCAAUUUCAUCACACAUUACGAGGUUCAAUUUUUGGCAUUUGUCUAA